AUGUCCUCAGAAGCCACCCCCAUUGAUCCUACGCGCUUUGCCGAGGCGCUGAAAGACCUGCCUGCGAGCAGCCUUGCGCUCAAAGUCCUGGAGCUGCGCAACUCGAUCGCACACCUCGAUUAUUCCAAUGCAGAGCUCAAGCCUUUCGCCGAAGGUACUGUUGCCACCCUCGACUCGAGCGCCGCCAGCCAGCCAGAUCAAGACUGCGUCGACGCCAUCAAGGAGAACGAGGCCGUCAUUGAGCGUAUGCAGCAGCGCAUAGAGCUCAUCAAGUCAGAGGUCGAGGACCGGGGCCUGAGCUGGGAUGAGUUCAAGGGCAAGACCGAAGAGGAUAAGAAGGAAGAUCCCCAGCACAGCCAAGUGAAUGGAGAGACACAGACAACGACCAACGGAACGAAUGGCGUGAAUGGACAUGCUCCCACAUCAGAGAAUGGACAGCAUCCUGCAUGGGCAGAUGGAACAUUCACAACGGGCACGAUAGGUGGUCUCGGAGAUGAGGAGUUGAUGCGCCGCUUGCAGGAGCGUAUGCCAGAACUACAAGAUGAUGAUGAGGAAGAAGGAAUGCAUCUUUAA